AGGUGGGUGGGGGUCUUCAGAGCCGUUUUUGUGAAAAGGAAGGGGUAAAAAAAGCCGGUCUGGAAACAGGAUUGGUUUGCCCGUGAAAAUGCGACAGUCGUACCUGCUGCCGCUGAAAGAGCGACAGCCUCGAAGAGCCGCGGGCGCUGCGAUGCUAAUGUUGUCGGGGGCUUUGACUUCUCCCAGCCAUUGCGAGCGAGCUGCUCCGCCUGACAGCCACGCUCUCCCCGCGCGUCCUCCUCCUCACAUUCGAGCCGACAAAAAAAACGAGAACGGACGAAAGAAGACAAGAAAUCUAAUUUCGUGACAGCAAACCAAAAAAAAAAAAAAUGGAUGAGACGGAUAUCAUGGACCUGACGCAUCAGAAGGCGAGGAAGCGACCGCGGCCAAUCACCUCCGCGGACGAGGCGGCGGUGCACGCUCCACUCAAACGAGCGCCGAUGCGUGCGGCCGAGUGCCGGGAGACGUCGCUCAUGUACGCCGUGCGCGGAGAACCACUGCCCGCCGCCUCGCUCAAGCAGAAUGACCACUCGGUGACCUCGUCGCCUACCAGCGUCAUGCCGGCGCAGGACAAUCGCUCCAGUAUGUCCCGACCCAUGAUCACACGCUCGCCGGUGUCUCCGUUGAGUAACCAGGGCAUCCCCACGCCGGCGCAGCUCACCAAGUCCAACGCACCGGUGCACAUCGACGUGGGCGGACACAUGUACACAAGCAGCCUGGCCACACUCACCAAAUUCCCGGAAUCUCGAAUCGGUCGCCUCUUUGAUGGCACCGAGCCCAUAGUGCUGGACAGCCUGAAGCAGCACUACUUCAUUGACAGGGACGGACACAUGUUCCGCUACAUCCUCAACUUCCUCAGGACGUCCAAGUUGCUCAUCCCAGACGACUUCAAAGACUACAGCCUGCUGUACGAGGAGGCCCGAUACUUCCAGCUGCAGCCCAUGCUGUCCGAGCUGGAGCACUGGCGCCAGGACCAGGAGCUGGGUCAGGUGUCGCGCCCAUGCGAGUGCGUGGUGGUACGCGUGACCCCCGACUUGGGCGAGAGGAUCACGCUGAGCGGCGACAAGGCGCUGAUCGAGGACGUCUUUCCCGAGAUCGGCGACGUCAUGUGCAACCUGGUCAACGCGGGUUGGAACCACGACUCCACGCACGUCAUCCGCUUCCCGCUCAACGGAUAUUGCCUCCUCAACUCUGUCCAGGUUCUGGAGCGCCUGCAGCAACGAGGCUUCGAGAUUGCCGGUUCCUGCGGGGGAGGCGUGGACUCGUCCCAAUUCAGCGAGUACGUUCUGAGGCGGGAACUGAGGAGGACGGCUCAGCGAGGAGGACUCAAUUCCAAUCGGAUAAAGCAAGAGCAGCUAGAUUAGAGACUCUGCUGGACUUUUUCCGUGCUCUGGACUCUUCACGUUUUUUUUUUCUUCACUUGUUUUGAUUUCUUGUUGAUGUUUUUGUUUUCUUAUAAAAUCAUCUACAGAAUUAAAAAGAAAAAAAAAGAGACGCAUCUGCAAUGGAAAGAUUUGCGACAUUUGAAUUAGAGAUUGCGCGGACAUUUGUGAUUGUCUACCCCCCAUAAAACGCGAAUGAGAAAGAUUUAUAUAUGUUGUAUCCCGAAAUAAAGUUUGUUUUAAAACUUUGA